CAGGACUGCACGGGAGCAUUCUACAUUUCUACUGCAGCAGCGAGAGUGCAACACCCGGCAGACGGCAGCCGGUCGGGAGCGCACGAUGCCGCUACGGAGCGGCGCGGCGCUCGCGGUCGUUGUCGCUGUCGUGCUCCUCAUCGUGGCGGCCACCCCGCAGCGGAGCGCCGCCGCCGCCCACGGCGGCGGCAUGGCCUCCGGUACGGGCACAGUGGGUGAGUGCGUGGACGACGGUGCGGUGGCGAGGAGGGAGCUGGGCGGGAACGGCUACAUCGGCUACGCCGCGAUGAGCGCCGGCAACGUGCCGUGCUCGUACCGCGGCGCGUCCUACUACAACUGCCGGCCGAGCGGCGCCGCCAACCCCUACUCCCGCGGCUGCUCCGCCAUCACCCAGUGCAGGGGCUAGCGAUCGGCCCGGGUCGACCUGGGUCCAUGGCGCCACGGUCUGAUGAAUGCAAGCUCCAUGUACUUCGUUCAGUUCUUGCACCUUGUACUUUUGUUUUCGCUUUCGAUUUUUGGUGUUCGUUGGUGCUCUUGUGUUCCAUAGUUGACACGGAACAAGAUUAUUGCUACAUAGUUAUUUACUUUGUAAUUGGCAUUA